CGGCCAUGGCGCCGACGGUUCAGCGUCCUUUGCCUUCCUGGGUCUUGCUCGACAGCACCGUGGGCGGCGGCCGCCGGGCGCCAUCGAGAGAGGGUCGUCGGAGUGGGCGUCAAAUGCACGGAGAGGCAGCUCCUCUACACCCACCCAUGGCCGGUCGAGAAGAGAGCCGCUGCCUCGAUGGCGAGGGGCAUGACGCUCCACGCGCGCCUCGCCGAGCCUCCGGGUGUGUCCUCCCUACACGUCCGCCUGAACGCCGACGAGCUCCGCAGGUGCAGGUCGUGCUCCUCCCGGCCGCCGCAUCUAAAAAGCGGCGAGUCAGAAGGCGGUAACGGCGAGAUCAUCGACGAUAGCGGCGGUGGCGAGUCGAAAGGUUUCUCCCCGAACGCGAUCGUCGAGACCGCGGACAAGAAGCUCAUCGUCCUCAGCUCGUCGGUGCCGCAUUGCCCCGAUAUCUGCUUCUACGUCGUCUACGAAGCCGCCGAGACGUCGCUCUCCAUGAUUCCCCACUUACCUUCUAACUGCCGACCCACCUUCACGCAGCGGCCUCUCCCCGUGCGCCGCCGUGGCGGCGACGGCGAUGGUGGUGGCUACACCUUGGCCCUCAUGGCGAGCGCCUCGGUGUUUGACGAACAGGGGGGUCGAAGCCGCAAGGACGUCCUCUGCAUGUGGCCGCCGCCGGACUCCUCUAAGCCGCUGCCGCUGUUGACACGGAGGGGCAUCGAGCCAUGGCGGGCCAAGCGGCCGCGCUUACCCUCCGACAAGCCGGACGACUUCGCCGCCGACACGGUGUUCUCGUUCGAUGGACAGUUGGACACGCUUUCUGGGCCGACCUCGCACAGGGCGUCCUCUGCUGCAGCUGCGAUGACGUGCUCUCCGGCGGCUACGACGUCGAGUUCCGGUACCUCGCGCUGCCGCCGGAGUGCCGGCUGGACGCCAACUGGACCACGAGGAGGCAGCCGCAGAGGUACCGGACGAUGAGCCGCGUCGGCGACACGAUCGAGUUCGUGUCCAUCGGCGACGGUCUCCACCGCCAGGAAUUCACGGCCAGCACAACGCUGGCGGUGUGGGCUCUGGUCCCGGCCACCGGCGAGUGGAAGUGGAAGAAGCUCCACGAGCUGAGCAUGGCGACGCUGUGGAGACUCGACGGCUUCAAGAACGCCGGGUUGCCGGAGGUCAUGCCGAUCCAUCCCAUCCUGAGCACGAAGCAAGACGGUGUCAUUUACAUGGUCUCGUCGGCUGAUGACCUCGCGUCCGCGGGUCGUGAAGACAGCUCCGCCUCCGAGUCCGAGGGGUGGGACUCUGAUGUCGGGGACGAGAGCGACGACGACGACGAGGAAGACGGCGUCCUCGUUGAGGAGGAGCGGCAGUACUUGAUCGGUCUCGACAUACGCAACGAGAGUCUCCUGUCGUGGAGACGUCUCCCGGGUAGCGGCUAUCUCGACCGGCCUGAUCUCAUGGGUUUCGACGUGUCCAAAUGCCUUGACGAACAUUGCCUGUGCCCUCCCGCCGACGCCGCUCCGAACACUGAUGGGGCUGAGGUGCUUAUAUACGGUUCCAGCUACACGCAAGAGGAAGUUGCCAAGCAGCCCAAACUCUCGUUGAUCUGAAUUACCUUUUCUCUGUAUAGGAGUCAAUGUUUUAAAUAGUGGGCUAAGGCAUUUAGCGGUAAACUUCCCAAACAGCUAUAGCUGCAGCUAUAAUGGGCUAAAUGAAGCUAUAGCGGCUAAAUUGUACAUGAUAGCAAAUAGUUAGAACCCUUCUCAAACAGCUAUAGCAGGAGAUAUCGACAGUUAUAGCGGG